AUGUCAUCCAUACUCUAUUCUCCAGUCUUGGAUUAUAUCACCAAACUGAAUGACAUCACUUUUUCCCCAUUUCUUUCUGGCCCAGUUCUUCUCGCAACGAUCUACGCUCCAGAUGCCGUGAACAAUGCCUUGGCCUCAAUUGCCGAGCGGCUCCCUGAGCAGAUCCCAGUUACCCUAGACCUUGUUGUUGUCAAAAAGAUUGCCAUCGCUUGGUUUGCCUUGGGUAUUAUCCGAACCAUCAACAGGUUUCUCAAUACCAUGGCCCAUAAUUCUUGGCGCAUAAGGCCCGCUGGGGAUUGGGAUUGGAAGAAUGAAAUAGCCGUUGUCACUGGCGGUUCAAGUGGAAUUGGUCUCAGCAUUACACAAAAGCUUACGGCAAUGGGUAUUUCUGUGGCUGUUUUGGAUGUCCAAGAUCUGCCAAAAGAACUCCAGGCCAACCCGCGUGUUAAAUAUUAUCACUGCGAUGUUACCACGACAGAAUCUGUUGCUGAAGCAGCGGAUGCUGUUCGUCGCGAGCUUGGUCACCCAACUAUUCUCAUCAAUAAUGCCGGCAUUACUUCUCCUAUGUCAAUCCUCAAGAUGCCUGAAUCCUUCCUCCGAAAGAUCAUGGGCGUAAAUCUCAUGGCUUUGUGGUACACCACCCAACAAUUCCUCCCUCGCAUGAUUCAGCUCAACAAGGGUCAUGUCAUCACGGUUGCAAGCAUCGCGUCUUUCGUCGCCCUGGCCACUGCAGCGGACUACUCUGCGACAAAAGCUGGAGCCCUGGCUUUCCACGAGUCUCUAGCCAGUGAGAUCAAGCACUUUUACAAGGCUCCCAACGUCCUCACGACCGUCGUCCAUCCCAACUUUGUCAAGACACCAUUGGUAGAAGGGUUCAUGGAUCGUCUGGAGCGCGGCGGUGUUCGGCUGUUGACUCCUGAUGAUAUUGCCAGGGAAGUUGUUGCUCAGAUCAAAAGUAGACGGGGUGGUCAACUCAUUGUUCCAAGGUCAGCAGCUGCGAUUUCUGGUAUCCGAGGCUGGCCUACUUGGAUCCAGGAGCUCAUUCGGGAUACAAUUGGCAAGACAGCUGGGUAG